CAACUUUUUCGACGUCAUCAGAAACAUAAACGGUCAAAAUGGGUUCCGAUUGUGGCGUUUGGCUGGCCAAAUACCUGCUAUGCUUAUUCAACUUCCUCUUUUUUGUCGUUGGCACAAUCGUGCUGGGCACUGGCAUCUGGCUGGCGGUCGACAAAGCCUCACUGAUUGCAUUGCUUAAGAUGGUGGAUAGCGAACACAUAAACCAAUUUACACAGCCGCGUGUCAUUGAGCAGAUGGCGUACGUUUUGAUUGUUAUCGGCGCUGUUAUGUUCUUCAUGAGCUUCCUGGGAUAUUGUGGCGCGAUACGUGAGUCGCGUUGCCUGCUGACAACG